GCACCACUUCGGCUCUUCCGCACUUCCGCCGAUCGUACGCUCCUUUUCCGGUACGUCUCGCGUUCGCGAGUUGGUGGGUGAAUGUUAUAGGAUUUAAAUCUACGCGAGAUAUUAAACAUCAACCAUGGGUAAGGGAAAUAAUAUGAUCCCUAAUGGCCAUUUCCAUAAGGAUUGGCAACGAUACGUGAAGACCUGGUUUAACCAACCAGCGAGGAAGAUUCGUCGUAAACAAAAACGUGUCAAGAAAGCGCGAGCUGUCGCACCUAGGCCUGUAAAUCUCUUGAGACCUCUCGUGCAUUGUCCGACAUUUCGGUACCAUACCAAGGUUCGCGCUGGUAGAGGUUUCACGCUUGCCGAGCUGAAAGCCAGUGGUUUGAACAAGAGAUUUGCUAAAACAAUUGGAAUUGCAGUCGAUCCUCGUCGUCGGAACAAAUCCAUUGAAUCUUUGCAGACAAACGCUCAGCGCCUGAAGGAGUAUAGGGCCAAAUUAAUUCUAUUCCCUAUAAAUGAGAAGAAGCCCAAGAAGGGUGAUGCGACCGAAGAGGAGAGAAAGGUCGCGGUUCAAAUCAAGGGUGAUCCUAUGCCUAUUCGGCAUCAAGCACCUGCCAGGGCGAAGGCUCGUCCUAUCACUGAGGAGGAAACCAAAUUCUCGGCAUAUGUAACCCUUCGUAAAGCACGAGCUGAUGCGCGAUUAGUCGGCAUUCGUGCUAAGCGCGUCAAGGACGCGUCAGAGAAUCCCGACGAGGUGACUAAAGUCGCGAAAGAUAAGAAAGCCAAGAAGUAAUUCUUUAUAAUAUGACAUCUCGUUUUCUUUAUGUAUAUACAAAAAAUAAAAUUUUCCUCUAAUGGAAAAUA